GUUUGGUUCCUCCUCCUCCCAGGAUAACUUCUCCCCCACGACACCGAGAAACCAUCAUGCCCUCCUUCUUAAUCUCGUCCUCUCCGCCUUCGCUCGCUUUGGUCUUCUGUUCUCUCUCCCGCUCCCCAAGAACCCUCCCCUUAAAACCCCCUAUCUUUGUUCUCAAUUCCAAACCCUUAUCAUCUUUCCCCUCUUCCACUCCGUCACCCGCUUCGUCGGGGCGGCCGAUGAGUUGGCUUGGGAAGCUAGGGUUAGGGUUCCGGAGCCGAGGCGGGUUCUCGUCGGAGGCGUCGUCUGCGAUCGCGCAGGGACCGGACGACGACGUGCCGGCGCCGGGGCAGGAGUUCGCGCAGUUCGGGGCCGGGUGCUUCUGGGGGGUGGAGCUGGUGUUCCAGAGGGUGCCCGGGGUUACCAAGACCGAGGUCGGAUACAGCCAGGGGAACCACCACGAGCCCACGUAUGAGGAUGUGUGCACCGGGGCCACCAACCACUCUGAGGUCGUCCGGGUGCAGUACGAUCCCCAGGAGUGCAAGUAUGAGGACUUGCUUGAGGUGUUCUGGGCACGCCAUGAUCCCACCACCCUCAAUCGCCAGGGAAAUGAUGUUGGUACCCAGUACCGGUCUGGAAUAUAUUUUUAUACACCAGAGCAGGAAAGAGCUGCCAGGGUAUCUCUUGAGAGGCACCAGAAGGUCUUGAACAGGAAGAUUGUGACAGAGAUCCUUCCCGCAAAAAAAUUCUACAGAGCAGAGGAGUACCAUCAGCAGUACCUUGAGAAAGGCGGUCGCUUUGGUUUUAAGCAGUCUGCAGCAAAAGGCUGCAAUGACCCUAUUCGCUGCUAUGGUUAAGACGGUACUACAAGCACCGUUUGGUGGUGCAAUCCCUGGUUGUUUUGGCUGGUUAGAGCUAUCAAAGGUUAUGUUUCAUAUAUAUUCUUCCGAAGGUCUAUAGAUUAUGUCCGCUUAAUAUAUGUUAAGCUUUUGAGCGUUUGUGGCCUGUACUUAUCCUCAGACAUGCAUUAUGUUUCUGUUUAUAUCUUCUGGAAAAAAAAAGGUGGAAAGACUGUUUAUAUAGCAUGAUUCUUCACCGAGUAUUA